UGAUUGGAUAUUAAUUUUGCCUGUGGAAAUACGCCAAGCGUGUCCAACUUCGUAAUAUCUGAUACAAAUUCAUCGGCUGGAUAUGUGUUGAUCUGUUAACAUAACAAAAGAAAAUGAACGCAGCCGCAAACAAGUUAGAACUUCAGAGAUUGAAUGGAGUGGAUAGUAAUGCAGACGAAUUUGGAGCAGGAUGUGAAAGCACGGACGUUAAAGAUGAUGUCGCAGUGGACAUUUAUGUUAACGACGGAAGUGUCAGUCACAGUGGCGACUAUGCAUCUGGUUCUAAUGAUUCUAGCUCAACAAGACCGGAAGCGGUAAGAGAGACGUGGUCAGGGCGGUUUGAGUUUCUCCUCUCUGUUGUGGGUUACACAGUGGGGCUGGGAAACAUUUGGAGGUUCCCGUAUUUUGUAAAGCGUAAUGGCGGAGGUGUUGCUCUGAUUCCUUUCCUGCUAUUUCUGGUCUCGUGUGGAGGACCUCUUUACUACAUCGAGGUGUGCCUUGGUCAGUUCUCUGGAAAGUCCCCCGUUAAUGUCUGGGAUAUAUGUCCGUUAUUCAGAGGAAUUGGGUUUGUGAUGGUUGGAUUAUCCCUUAUGUACAUCUGGUACUUCGGGGCGUGUUUUGCCUGGGUCAUCUACUACCUUUUUCACUCCUUUCAUCCUAGGCUUGCUUGGGCCACUUGUGGUCAGCCUUGGAACACGGAUUUGUGCAUAGAUGCAUCAACGAAUUUGACGGAAAAGAAGUUGCAGCUGGCAUCAAACAUAUCUGCUAAAUUUAAAUUUUCUACUUCGGCCACAGAAUUUUGGGAGAACAAUGUAUUGGCCAAGUCGCAUGGUAUAGACGACCUAGGAUCUGUGCAGUUGCACCUGCUUGGUUGCCUGGCACUCGGAUGGCUUGUGGUGUACCUUUGUCUCUGGAAAGGUGUCAAGUCACUUGGAAAAGUUGUGUACGUGACGGCGACAUUGCCUUACGUUUUGCUGACUGUGCUCCUGAUUCGCGGCGUAACUUUGGACGGUGCGGUUGACGGAAUUAAGCACUACAUUUAUCCAGACUUAAGCAAACUCCUGAAAGGACAGUUAUGGAUCGAGGCUGCGGUGCAAUGCUUCUAUUCGCUGGGACCGGCAUGGGGAGGUGUCAUCACUAUGGCUAGUUUCAACAAGUUCAACCAUAACGCAUUCAGGGAUACGAUGAUCGUUUGUUUUGCGGACGGGUUUACGGGCUUUUCUGGUGGACUGGUUGUUUUUUCAGUUCUUGGGUUCCUUGCCAAGGAAACCGGCGUCUCAAUUGACAACCUUCCAUUUUCAGGUGCCUCCCUGGCGUUUAUUGCCUACCCGGAAGCACUGAGCAGACUUCCAUUACCGAACCUCUGGGCAGUCCUCUUUUUCAUUACCCUCAUUUUAGUAAGCGUCGACACAACGUUUGGGACGUUUGAAACGGUAAUUAAUGCGAUCGUUGAUUAUGAUUUCCGGCGGCUCCAUCGAUAUCGCAUCCACAUCACCUCUCUUCUUACCGUCCUGAUUAUUGUCGGCAGCAUUCCUCUGUGCACUUCGGGAGGAUACUACAUCUUUAUGUUGACCGACUGGUAUAUCGCAACCUUCAACAUCGUGUUCGUUGCCCUGUUGGAGACGAUUGUCAUUUCUUGGAUAUACGGUGCAAACCGUUUCAGCGAAGACAUCGAGAUGAUGACAGGCAACCGCCCGCCUCUGUUAGUCCGAGUAGUCUGGUCAUUGGUUAUACCAAUAUUCAUAUCCACCAUUCUGAUUAACCUCGGC